UGUACAGAGGCAGGCGGCUCUCAGUGGUCAGGCUAUUGCCUGCAGUCGGGAAUUUCAGUCUUUGCCUCUGCCGUUCAUAGACGGUUUCCUGAAGUAGCCACGAUUCGGGCUGUGGUCAGACCAGUCCAGGUUUGCCUGCUUGGAUUUGGGUUUGACUUAGGGCUGCUUUGGCGGACUUGCGCUCCAACUGUUUUGGACUGUGGGCGUACUGCUUACGGCUACAGCACUAGACUGGUUCACUGUUCUGCAGUAUUCGACCCAGUUCGGCUUAGCUGGGUGUCGCUUUUCUGUUGGUCACAAGCACAAAUGCGAACGCUGACUGCGACGCUAAAUGCCCGAGAGCAUCUUGCCUACGCAGCUUCUCGUAGCGCUCUAUUCACCUCGGUUCGACAAAGCCCAGUUCCGUUUGGGGGUGUUCUCCCCGUCACAAAGACACGCGAAUACUGACAAGAAACAAUCCGUGAGACUUGAGGUAGGCUGUCUCGGUUCUCCUGGGCACCAUUCUGCUGGAGUUAGCGGCUUUGCGCUCAGUGGGCGAUUGACUCGGCUUUACUGGGAUUAUUCUGCAACCCCUCUCUGCACAGGAAGGUGGAGAUUUGGAAAGAUAGAGCACCUCUUCGGGGGGUUGCCUGCAGCCACCUGCCAAGACAGGCCACAUACCUAUUUGUCAAAAGGAUUAUCAGGAUGCUUUGGGCUUUAUUUACUUUCUCAUGAAAUUGAUGUGUAAACUUCUGAGCAGAGUGCAGAAAGGAGUGAAACAGAACAGCCAUGAAGUGUGACUGAGAAGACCGACAAUCUCUGUGGUGAAGCAUACAGAGAACAGUAGAGGAGAAGAACAGGAAGGCAGAAGCGGCAGUCACACAAACUACACCAAACUGGAGUGUGAAACAGAGAGUCACCUGGAGAUGGCGUCCAAUUUCAAUGACAUCGUCAAACAAGGCUACGUGCGGAUGAGAAGUCGCAAAUUAGGAAUUUAUAGGCGCUGCUGGUUAGUGUUUAAGAAAUCUUCCAGUAAGGGUCCCCGGCGGCUGGAAAAAUACCCUGAUGAAAAGUCGGCCUACAUUCGUGCAUGUCCCAAGGUGACCGAGAUCAGCAAUGUUAAGAAUGUGACCAGGUUACCGCGGGACACUAAGAGACAGGCAGUGGCCAUUGUGUUCACCGACGACACAUCUCGUACCUUCACAUGUGAAUCAGAGCUGGAGGCUGAAGAAUGGUACAAGAUCCUUUCCAUUGAAUGCCUAGGUGCCCGUCUUAAUGAUAUUAGUCUGGGAGAGCCAGAUCUCUUGGCUGCUGGAAUGCAAUGUGAACAUACAGGUACAGAGAGAUUCAACGUGUUCCUGCUUCCCUGCCCCAACCUUGACAUCUAUGGAGAGUGCAUGAUGCAAAUCACUCAUGAGAAUAUCUACCUUUGGGACAUUCACAACCCUCGCACCAAGCUAGUGACAUGGCCAUUGUGUUCUCUGCGACGUUAUGGUCGGGAUGCGACUAGGUUCACCUUUGAAGCUGGAAGGAUGUGUGACAGUGGGGAAGGACUGUACACAUUUCAGACACGAGAGGGUGAACAGAUUUAUCAGCGGGUACAUUCAGCUACACUAGCCAUCGCUGAGCAGCACAAGAGAGUCCUGAUGGAAAUGGAAAAGAAUGCCAGACUAUUAUCCAAAGGCUCAGAGGCAGGAUCAUACCCAUGUACCCCUACUGCAAUUUUACCACGAAGUGCCUUCUGGCACCAUAUCACAGGCUCACAGAGCGGAGCAGAUGGCACCAACAGUGAUCUAUACCCAGAUUCCCAGGCUGGCUCAGAGACAGAUCUGCUUCCCAGCAGCUUACCACCAGAUCCUAGCUGCAGUGCUUUUAUGGAACAUCAUCAUGGAGUGUUACCCAGUUAUCCUGACCAGUGACAAACUGUUUGCUCCUGGAUUCCUUCAAAUGUAGCCUGCUUACCUCUGCCUGGAUUGGACUGCUUACAUGUACCCUAAUUAAUCCACUGAAACCAAGGGAGUCAGUCCAACCUGGAUUUUCAGCAGAGAGAGGAAGAAAGAAAGGAAGAAGGGGAAGCAGGCCCAUGAAUUCUGCAGGACUUGUCUUUUAGAUAAAGAGACGUUUCUGAAAAAGCAUCUUUACCAUAGAAGGAAAGGCAGGUUUUGAGGCACACUGCAUGUUGGAAACAGGACGUAAUGCUCAGGGUGAGAGAGAGGGGCAAACAUAUGCUGGUGAAGACUCGCGAUGUAUGUAAGACCUGUCUAGCUAAAAAGCAUUUUCCGUGCUUUUUUUUUUUUUUUUUUUUUUUUUAAACUGUUUUUCUAUUUGGUGCUUUUUUUCAAGCAUGCAUGCUUUGUACCAGAACUGGGAGAUACACUGUCCACAUACACACACAUAAACACACGUGUGUGUAUGUGUGAUCGUUUUUUUUUUACUAUUUAGUUACUGCUCAUGUGGCAGAUGUUUGAAGCUCAGAUUGGAUCUCAGGCCUGCAUCCUCUCCCUGGCUUGGCAGCCUCUGAUGCCAUAGUGAGGACAGUAGGCAGAUUGCAGGGUCUGUAGGACAUUCAACUUAAGUUUCUGCAGUAAAUGAACUGAACAUUUCUGCUCUUUUAAAGUUUUCUAUUUGACAUGGCUAUAAGAAGUGUGAAGGCUUUGAAGCAAAAUAAUUAACGCACGCAUGGCGGGUCGAGGAGGACUUGCCAAGUAGCACAACACGUUAACAUAUCUAUCAUGUGUCUUUUUACUUUCUCUUUUCUGGAACCAUUCACUGCUGUCCAACAGAAUACCUUCACAAAAAUUGCACAACGUCCUUGAAUCCCUGGGGACAGGAUUGUUUUGUCCUGUUGGAAAGGACCGGUGCAUGUUGCUGAGUCUUGCUCUAAAGCAGAUUGCGUGGUGGCUCGUUCUUCAUUCAGGAGUACAGGGACUUUGGUCGGUUAUCUUAUCGAGGAGCAGAAUGGGAAUGUGUGGCUUCUUUCAAGAGUUGGAAUAUCGGUCUGGCUGUGGGAAAUGAGGAAACGUACAGGAAAAGUCAUUUAAGAGGGCUGGGGGAUGACCCAAUUUUUUGGGGGGGAGGGAGUAGAAGGGUUUCCCCUACACAUGUUGACCUCUGUGUAGAAAUUGUUCAGAUGAUUUCCUCAAGUACAGUAAAUGCUCCCUGUGGUAAGUUCAGCAGUGUGUGGACACCUCGUACAGUGGGCAUCUCUCAACUCCUUGACCCUCACAAUUCCUCUUGCUAUAUGUAGGUCAAAGCUGUUCACCCUCGAUGGAAGCCUAACUAUUGACUGCUACAGGGCAGUGUCUACAAAAGAAACCAGAGGCUAUAUGUAGGAUGGAACUGGACAAUAUUUGCACUUACUUCCUCCCUGUAGAUUUGACAGGCCUUUCAAAAAUGGAGGGAAAUAUUCAGUACUUGGAACUGCGUAAAAUGUAGAAGGAGAAUUCCAGGUUAUCAGCGUGCAAAUACGUUGGCUUUUGAUGGCGAGCUUUGUACUUACUUUUUAUUAAUACUAAUUAUUAUUUAGAUUUGUGAGUGUCUUAUUUCCACUUCAGUUGAAGGCCUGUUUAGGGGCUUGUGUGUCUUUGACAUUAUCUUUGCACUUGGAAAUGAUUUUAACAAUCUGUUUAGACAACUCAGGAGAAAAAAACUUCUUUGUAUCUUGCAAAUCUUUUUCUUAAUAUAAGUGAUAUGCACAACUUCUGCAGCCUGUAUCGGGAACAGAGUAAAAAUUCAUCUUGAGUCCGUGUUUCUGCUUGUUCCUUCUACUGCGCUAGAAAACAUGCAGACCAAAAUGUUUACUUAGGGCUAGCUAAGGUGUUCCACAUUGCCAUGUACUUCCAGAGGGUUUGGACCGUCUUUCACAGUUCCCAUUGAGUUUUUGGAGCUGUCUGCAGGAUGCAAAGUGGAUUUGAGAACUUGUGACCGGAGUGUUUGGGUAGAUUUAUGCACCCAGAAUAUUUUUUUCAGUGUUGUGAAUGUAACGUUCAAGUCUUCUGAUCGUGGUGCCAAUGCAUUUCUGUUGCAGAGCUUUGCUUGUUUUUUUGAUCAAUUUCUUUAUCUUUUUUAGUUUGGGUGCUCCCCCACCGUUCAUCAGCUGGAGAGAUGUGUCCACCUCAAUAUCACGUGCAUCUUUGUGUUGUGGCUGUCCACUUUUCUGUAAGACGCAGGCGGCUCUUGCAUCUGAUCACAGAGAGACCAUGCAGUCCUUAUAAAAAUAAGUCCUGCGUGUGCUAAAAAAAUAUAUUGUCUCGGCCCAGUGUCAGUGUAUGGCACUACAGAAAAGUGUUGACAGUUGUGUAAUGACCUAAAUCAAGUGUCUGCCCUCCAUCACGAUUGAUCAGUGACUGCUGCAUCAUCGGUUCUUAAGUGGAACACCUUACGUUCGUUGUUUUUCCCCUUCAGGCUAAUUAAUAUGCUGGAAUUUAUUAAUAAUAAUAAGUUGAAUAAUCAUGCUUUACUGUUCUUUUUCUUUGAACUUUAAGAAGGGCUAAGCCUUUGCUGAAGUGAUCUAUUGCCUCUGCAGCUUAUGAGUUUAUGAGCUCAUUCUUGUUUUUGAUCUGCUAGGUCUUGUGUAUGCACACACACACACACUCACACACUAUAGAUGAAGCUAUUUAUUUGCCCCGUGAAAUAGUAAGGAGAAUGAUGUGCCAUAUUUGUGACUGCAUAUUGAGUGGUGUCACUAGUUUUAUAAGAAAUGCAUGCUACACAAGCCCAGGCUAUGGAUUUAUGAUGGGGUUCAUGCAAACUCCUUUCAUGUUGUCUCACAUUUGUGUGUGCUGAUCACGUUGAGCCAUUUAGUCUGCUAAUCUACGACCCUCUACUCACAUAAUAGAAGAGGUGCAUGGCUGAGGUGAAGUCCUUUAGGUUGAGACUUGCUGACACAUGGCCAACAGUCUUUUUCCCUCAUUUUCCUUAACAUUUGAAAUGAUGUGAAAGUUCAGUAAUAUUGGUGUUGUUCAAGUAAAUGUGAAAGCAAAGGGAAAACCAAUCGUACAUUCUGAAGCAUGUUCCUAAUGUAUAGCAAUGCCCUAAAAGGUUUGCAGCACAGGCACCGCUGGGUCUGGGAUCACUGAAUGUAAAUAUUACACAUUAGUGAUAUUAAUCAUAAUCUAGUCUGCCAUAGUGGUCAUGAUUGUUUGGAUCAUACUUUUCUUUUUUUUUGUUUUUUUGUUUUUUAAUUAUGACCUCCAACAGUUUUGUAAGAUUUGUAUCACAUAAGUCAGUUCUCAUAGUUUUGAGCACAGGAUUCGGUAGUCGAACAGCAGUAAGGGGAUCCAAGAAUGCGUGUUUCCAUCAAAAUCUAUUUCAUUUUUAUUUGCCCAGUUAUACCCCAGUUCCAGAACAGUGAAGCUCACCCUAACUAAUGUAGGCUGUCAGAGUUUGUUAAGGUGAACCACAUUAGUGAUGGCAUUUGGUAAAACUACUUUUUAAACGUUUAUUACAUUAUCAACAAAACCACAACUGCAGCUUUUCAAUGUUUUAUAAGUUAGAAGAUAAUGACAGUAGUUUCUUAUGCAUUCGUAAUAAUGUUUUGGAUUUUUUAAGAAAUUAGAAUUGAGUGAAAGAGUGCUUUUUUACUGCUAUGACGUGUUUUUGUUUUCUGGGACCUGCAAUGGCUGGCACUAAACUUGUAAGACUAACAUCCGCUUUUCACUUCUGGCACAACAGGAACACAAACAUUCCAGAAUUCUUUCUGAAUUUAAACUCCUUUUGCAGUCACCAAACAAAACAAAAAGACAACAAAAAUAUAAAGAUUAAACAGCAUUAAUAGUUCUUUCUAUAGUCUUUGGAAACAUUAAAAAUACAAGGGGGUUACGCAAAAAUAACCGGAAUUGGAAAAAAAAAUUUGUUUUAAUAAUUUUUACGUAUUGAAAGUUUAGUCUCCUUCAAAGUACUCUCCGUGUGAAUGAAUGCACUUGUCCCAACGGUUUUCCCACUGGUGGAAACAUUUUUGGAAUUGCUGAAGAGGAGCGUUAUCCAAUGCCUGCAGCGAUUUUUUCUUUGACUUCCUCCACAGGUAUAAAAACCCU